CCUGCAGGCUGGAAUCCAAUCAGCUCAUUAGGAGGAUGUGGAGCCAGGGACCAAGUUACCACAGCUGAGUUUUGGUCAAAAGACAACAGCAGCAGUGCUCUCUGUAAUCAAAAAACAAGCACCAAAAACUCAUCUGUGAUGGGGUUCAGAGAGGCGGUUUUGUUCGGGUUUGUGCUUCUCCUCUCAGGUGGAAAUCCCUGGGCUGCAACACAAAACUGGUCAAACCUGAGCACCGAUGAGCCUCUGAACCAAAUCCCACAAGAGCAAGUGACAACAAGCCUACAGCUGCAGAGAGCGGAUCGGGGGUCAAACCGGACGAAGAACGGCGGUCCGGUCCGUUCCCCCGUCACAUACCGGCUCAAGGUCCACCAGCUCUGGAACCCGGCUGUCAGGAAGCAAACGCCGCCCCGGCCUCUUGUGGAGCAGAUGCACACUUCUCAAAACCAGCAGAGAUGGGAGGCCAGCGUGCUGACCUUGCAGCAGCCGAAUGUUCAAUCUGUGUUGUUAAAACUUGUUCAAGGCCCAGAUCUGAACCCGCCUGUCAAGCCGGAAUCAAAGGUUCAGACGCUGAUGUUGGAGCAGAGGGUGCCUGUGCCGGCCGACAGCGUGGCGGCGCGCUGCGGUGAAGGAGAGGUCACCGUAGAGGUCAAACAGAACUUCUUAGGAAACGGCCAGUUGAUCCGCCCGAGUGAUCUGACCCUAGGAGGCUGCGCCGCUCUAGACACCGCUCGCCACAUCCUGCGGUUCCAGACGGAGUUGCCCGGCUGUGGCAGCACUGUGAGGAUGACUGAAGAAACCUUAAUCUACUCCUUUUCUCUGAUGUACUCUCCCACUCCCAUUGGCAACACCUUCAUUUUCAAGACAAACCCUGCUGAGGUGGUAAUUGAGUGCCACUAUCGGAGGAGGCUUUACGCGAGCAGCGGCGCUGUAAGGCCAACCUGGACGCCGUUCGCCUCCAGCAUGUCGGCGGAGCAGCGGCUUCACUUCUCCCUGCGCCUCAUGACAGAGGACUGGCAGUCGCAGAGGCCUUCCAGCGUGUACUUCCUGAGUGACGUGAUGCACAUCGAGGCGGCGGUCCUCGGGGGUCACCACGUUCCGCUGAGGGUCUACGCGGACAGCUGCGUGGCCACCAUGACCCCGGACCCCAACUCUCAGCCCAGAUACCCCUUCAUCAGCAACCAUGGGUGUUUAAGUGAUGCUAAGCUGACAGGAGCCAAGUCUUACUUCAUGCAGAGGAGCCGGGAGGAUAAACUUCACUUCCAGCUGAAAGCCUUCGCCUUCCACCACGAUCACAGGAAUUCACUCUACAUCACAUGUCACCUGAGAGCAACAAAAGUCUCCGUGCCCAUCGACUGGCAACACAAAGUGUGUUCCUUCUUGACGGAAGCUAACAGAUGGGUGGCAUCAGGUGGAGACAAUGAGGUGUGUGGCUGCUGUGAGACCAGCUGCAGUGAGCAGAGACAGAAAAGAAGCCUUGCAGCAGAUGUUGAUCUGCAGUGGGAGGGGACGGUGGCUCUGGGCCCCAUCCUGCUGGUGGAGAGCAUCCUGCUGGAGGAGCUGACAGAGCUGUCCCAGCUCCAAACGCAGGAAGUGACUCGAGCAGCCUCCCAUCUGUCGACGGCCCUGCUGUGUGGAGUGGGUGCGGCGCUGGCUGUCCUGCUGCUGGUUUUCAUAGGUGCCAUCAUUCGCAGCAGACGACACAAACCCACUGGACACUUUGUUUGCACCUGAUUUAAGACAAUAAAACAUUUAAAGC